GUCUCGCCCGUCUCGACUUUGCCCUCUCUUUUCCUCCUCCUGGUAUCUCGCUCAGCUUUCCCUCUCACCACCACCUGCGCCGCCGCCUCCCCAUCCUCACUUCCUCCGCCAUCCCCCCUCCAAUUGCCACCGCCUCGCCUCGCAAUUCUCGCUCCCGCCUCGCCGCCGCCGCCGCAACCAUGGGUUUCGUUGAGGAUGAACUGAAGCAGCUCAAGGGUGUCUUGGGCAACCUCGAUGCGCGCAUCAAGAAGCUCGAGUCGCGAGCCACCGGCUCUGCCGCCACCACCGAGGACAUUCGCAUGAUCCUCAUCGGCCCUCCUGGCGCUGGCAAGGGAACUCAGGCUCCCAAGAUCAAGGAGCGCUUUUCCUGCUGCCAUCUGGCCACCGGUGACAUGCUGCGCUCGCAGGUCGCCAAGAAGACCCCCCUCGGUGUUGAGGCCAAGAAGAUCAUGGACCAGGGUGGCCUGGUCAGCGACGAGAUCGUCAUCGGCAUGAUCAAGGAGGAGCUCACCAACAACCAGGAGUGCCAGGGCGGUUUCAUUCUGGAUGGUUUCCCCCGAACCGUCCCUCAGGCCGAGGGCCUCGACGCCAUGCUCCAAGAGCGAAACCAGAAGCUCCAGCAUGCUGUCCAGCUUGAGAUCGACGAUUCCCUCCUCGUCGCCCGAAUUACUGGCCGCCUGGUCCACCCCGCCUCCGGCCGCUCAUACCACACCACCUUCAACCCCCCCAAGCAGCAUAUGAAGGAUGACAUCACUGGCGAGCCCCUCAUCCAGCGAAGCGACGACAACGCCGAGGCCCUCAAGAAGCGCCUUGUCACCUACCACAAGCAGACGUCCCCUGUUGUGGAUUACUACAAGAAGCACAACAUCUGGACUGGUAUCGACGCCAGCCAGGAGCCUGGCCAGGUGUGGAAGAAUAUGUUGAACAUUCUCACCAAGAACUAAGGACCGGGAGCUACGGGCUACGGGCUACGGGACCAGGUCGCUAACAAGACCUGCAGCGUCUUGGAUAUGAAUGGUAUGACUGGCAUGAAGGAGAGUCCUCCAGGCCAUGGGGCGUUACGGUAGAGGUUUCCAUGUGGUCAUGGGGUCCUGUGUAAGAAAAAGCUACACGACGACGCUUGUUUGUAUCGCUGUUCUACUACCUAGUUUAAAAAGUGGCCAUCCAAAGCGCCGAGCUUUUAUUUUUCACCCAUUCUCAUACCUCCAUCCUGACGCGGGUCAUGUAACCAAAUCGUCAGAUUUUUCACAUGCAAACUCAUUUUCACAAUCACUGAGACAGACAAUUCGCGG